UGUAAAUAAACAUGCAUAUAACAACCCCAGCUUGACCUCUUGAGAAAGGCGAUUUCUCAUCGCAGAGAUUAAGUGUGUAAACUUUAAAGAUAAAAUAAUGUUCUAAGGAAAAUAACUCAUUCAUCCAAGCCCAGCUGUCAUGGGCCAUUCAGUGUCGAAAGGUCGGCGAACCUUGGAGAAUGCCAGUCUUGAACGUGAUGUGACUUACUUACGAGGGCAAAUCACUAAACACGAGGAAGCUUAUGGUAAACUUCAACGUGAACACGAACAACUCAAGGACGAGGUUAGCAAACAGACACAAGAGUUUGAAAAAGUCAAGGAAGAAAAUAUAAAGCUAAAGAAAGCUUUAAGUUCUUCUUCUGUUUCCCAAGAUAACAACGCAGUCGUAUCUCAAACUGAGGUUAAACCGAAGAUUGAAGACCACAUUUCUGAGGUUAAACCGAAGAUUGAAGACCACAUUUCUGACACAGAUUCCGGUGUAAGUGUGGAACAGACCAGGCAUUUGAAAGUCGGAGACAAGGUUUUAUCUCUUCACCAAUCCUGGUCGUACUAUACUGCAACUAUUGCGUCAUUUGAUGUCAAAACUUUGAUGUACACCGUCAACUGGGAUGAUGGCGAUCCAACAGGAAGAGUGCAGAAAUAUUUUAAUGUUGCUCAGAAUAAAACGCCGAAUGCAGAUGACAUUGGCAUGGGAACCUUGGUUUUAUUUCCUCAGGGUCAUUAUGCUGGUACCGAGGGUAAUAAUACCGGGGGGAUCAGAUAUCACCAGGGUCGCAUUACCCGGGUGUAUAAAGGUCCUCUCGGAAUGAAAAAAUACGAUGGCGUGCACACGAAAGGAGAAAAUGAUGGUAAAUGGGUGACCUACAAGGGAUACAGUUAUGAAUUUAAGGGUCUUAUGAGGAAAGAUCUCCGCGUGUCCCCUAAUAUCCUCGAUAUAUUAAAUGCCCAGGGGAUGUCCGGGGACGAGGGCAGCGAAGGGGAUCAAAUGGGAGUAACACAGGAUAACGAUGGAUCCGAGUACGAUGUGUUUAUAUCGUAUUCUAAGCUCAAUAGUAACUUGGCUCUUGAAAACGGUGAGGUCGGAGCAGGGAGACUGGAUAAGAGUGUUGAGGAGCAAAAAUCUCUAAAUAGCAGAGCCAGCGAUCCUCGUUGGAUUAAACAGCAGCUAGUGAAGUGUGGUCUACGAGUAUGGCUGGAUGAGUCAAAAGAACCAGUUGAACUUAGCAAUGUCGUUACUAUCAUGAAAAGAUGUAAAGUUAUAAUAUCUUGUAUCAGUAAUGAGUAUGCAAACAGCGAUAAUACCAGGAUGGAACUGCAAUUUACCAAGAAAACAAUAAAGAAGCCGAUCUUACCGAUAGUGGUCGGAGGAGGAGAAUGGGAAUGGCAAAUGACAGUCGUUGGUUUGCUGAUAGCCGGGGAAUUAUACAUUGAUUUCACGAACUCAAGUGUAGCAGCUGCCAAGAUUGAGCAACUGGUUGAGGCAUUGUCUAAGCAUGUUGAUAUGCCCAAUAAACCGCUUCAAGAAUCACCAACGAAAUCCAGCGAAGAAACGAAAGCUCCUGAGGUGUUCAUAAGUUAUUGUUGGACAAACUCAAUGACUGCUUUUAACGCUAAGGAAAUCAAGCAGUGUGUUGGAAACCAAUACAAUGACCCCAGACGCAUAUACACUGAUCUCACAGAGAGAAAUAUUACUGGAUGGAUUGAUAUUCGUCAGUUAACCAGUGCAGCAACCGAGUCGAUUGGAAUGUUCGAGCAAAUUGCCAAAGGGUUAUCGAGCUCAAAACUCAUCCUGGUUUUUGUGAGCGAUGAAUAUUCGCAGAGUGACAAUUGUCGCAUGGAAUUCCAGUUUGCCUUGAAAUCACUGAAGAAGAAAGUCGUGCCAAUCAUUGUAGGAACUGGGGAUAAGUGGAACAACACAAUCAUUGGCAUGCUGGUCAGUGGUUGUGACGUGGAUACCAUUGACAUGCGCGAGAUACAGGCUAAUGACUACGAGAGGAAACUGGAUGAGAUUAUGCAGCACUGUUCCGUUGUGCAGGACACUAACUACCAGUCCCCAACAAAAGAGCGCACUUAUCGUGCUCCUAAAAUUGGCGAUAAAGUGAUCUGUCAUCACUUCAAAUGGGCGUAUUUCCCAGCGACAAUCGUGGCGUUUGAUAAGAAAACGUUUGAGUACACCGUUGAUUGGGAUGAUGGCGAUCCUAGCGGUAGACAGGAAUCUUAUAAAAAUGUUGCUUUGAAUUCCGUGCCUCGUUCAGAUGAAAUAGCAGUUGGAACUAUUGUAUUCUUUCCUCAGGGUUCAUACUCUGGUUCUGAAGGAAACAAUACUGGUGGCGUGCGCUACCAUCAAGGCCAGGUGUCUAAAAUAUACACAAAAGCAGGAGAGACAUUUUAUGAUGGCGUGCACACGAAGGGAGAGAAUGAGGGCAAGUGGAUCACAUAUCAACAAUAUAGUUAUCAGUUUACUGGUAUGAGAUUGAAAGAUUUAAGGAUUGCUCCUAACGCAAUGGACGCCAUGAUGGCAAUAGAGAAACAGGCAGCACAAUUAUGAGACUGCACAGGCAUGAAGCCAUGAACCUACACGAACAAUUAACUGCACAGCAUCCAGGGAGUUGAGAAAUCCUUUAGCAAAGAUAUAAUUAAUAAAGCCUUUUCUGCUAAGCAGAGAUCGCAUUUUGCGCAAUCAAUAUUUAUACCUCAUGAAUGAUUUAAAGUUAUCUCCAUUCUUCAACAUUUUUAAAUGACAAUCUUUUUAGUCCAGGACUAGUCAACACACCAUCAUAUAGGUAUAGAUGUAACGUACGUGUAUCAAGCAAUAUUCUGCUAACUGUAGGAUAUCUUAUUGAAGAAAUCAUAUCUCAAGCAAUUACGCUAAGCAAGACUAUUAGUAUUAAAUAAUAAAUGACUUGCCACAAACGUUUUAAUACAUGAAUAUUAAAUUGUAAAAUAAGUGAAUAACCUUAUAACAUCACAUGUAGUUCAGAUGGUAUAAAAUACGAUCAUAAUAAGAACGUACAUACUCGGGUUUUCUGUACUUUUCCUGCCGCGGGAAAGUCUAUAUCUAGGAAAAGUUUAAACUAAAAAUUGAGGAAGAAUUCCUGUGGAGGAUAAAAUUUACGAUGGGUUAAUAUCGUCUUAUAUUUAUCGCAAUAAAUUAUAAUG